UCCCGUAGGUGGUGUGAGAUCUCGCGAGAGGACACUGCGCCCAAAAAUGAUGGACGUCGGUGGAAACGGUAGUGGGCUGCCUGUAAACAAUAAACAGAAAGCUAUGCUACCGAACAAAAGCAGGGGCGACUUUACCCGUAAUCUGCGGAAGGAUUCGGAGGGCUUGUCUGAAUCUCCAGACCUUGAGUUUGAAUAUGCUGAUACAGAUAAGUGGGCUGCAGAGCUGUCAGAGCUCUACAGUUACACUGAAGGGCCAGAGUUUGCUCUUAAUAGGAAGUGCUUUGAAGAGGAAUUCAGAACUCAUGUGUCUGAUAAGAGGUGGACAGAGCUUGAUGCAGCCCAGCACAGAGCGCAUGCCAUGCGCUUGCUCGACAGUCUUGAGGUUAUUGCUCGGGAGAAGAGGCUGAAGGUAGCCAGAGCCAUUCUUUACAUGGCUCAGGGAACCUUUGCAGAAUGCAGCUCUGAGGCUGAGGUGCAGCACUGGAUGCGAUACAACAUCUUUCUCUUGUUGGAUGUGGGGACCUUCUCUGCCCUAGUGGAACUGCUUAACAUGGAGAUUGAUAACAGUGCUGCCUGUAGCAGUGCUGUGAGAAAACCAGCCAUUUCCCUCGCAGACAGUACAGAUCUCAGAGUUCUGCUUAACAUAAUGUACCUGAUGGUAGAGACGAUCCAACAGGAUGACCCAGCUGACAGACCUGAAUGGAAACUCAUUAGGGAAACAUUCAGGGCAGAGCUGGGUUCUCCUCUUUAUAAUAAUGAGCCUGUAUCUGUCAUGCUCUUUGGAAUGGUUACCAAGUUCUGCAGUGGACAUGCCCCACACUUCCCAAUGAAGAAGGUGUUAUUACUGUUGUGGAAGAGUAUACUGUUUACACUAGGUGGGUUUGAGCAGCUCCUCAGCAUAAAGGUUCGUAAGCGUGAGGAACUGGGUCUCCCUCCUCUCCCAGAGGACAGCAUACGAGUCAUUCGCAGUAUGAGGGCAGCUUCUCCUCCUGCAUCAGCAUCUGACCUAAUAGAGCAGCAACAAAAACGGGCACGCCGUGAACACAAGGCUUUGAUUAAACAAGACAACUUGGAUGCAUUCAAUGAGAAGGACCCGUACAAAGCUGACGACUCCCGUGAUGAUGAGGAUGACAAUGAUGACAAUGACAACUCUAUAGAGGCUGAGACUUUCCCUCUAGAGAGGGAUGAAGUGAUGCCUCCCCCUAUCCCUCACCCCCCAUCAGAGAGGGUCUCCUUCCCCAAAGGGCUUCCGUGGGCUCCUAAAGUCAGGGAAAAGGACAUUGAAAACUUCCUGGAAUCAAGUAGAAGUAAAUUUAUUGGCUACACACUUGGGAGUGAUACAGAUACAGUUGUUGGUUUGCCCAGGCCGAUUCACGAGAGCAUUAAGACUUUAAAGCAGCACAAAUACGUCUCCAUAGCUGAGACACAAAUAUCCAAGGAGGAAGAGUUUCAGAAAACUCCUCUGUCUGGUGGAGAAGAGGAGGUAGAGAUGUGCGCCACUGAGCUGCUCUAUCAGGGGAUUCUUCCCAGUUUGCCUCAGUACAUGAUUGCUUUGCUGAAGAUUCUCCUGGCUGCAGCUCCCACCUCCAAAGCCAAAACAGACUCCAUCAACAUCCUGGCAGACGUGCUGCCAGAAGAAAUGCCGACCACAGUGUUACAAAGCAUGAAACUUGGAGUUGAUGUGAACCGGCACAAAGAGAUCAUCGUGAAGGCGAUCUCCGCCAUCCUGCUGCUUCUUCUGAAACAUUUUAAACUCAACCACAUCUACCAGUUUGAAUACAUGGCUCAGCACCUGGUCUUUGCUAACUGCAUCCCCCUGAUUCUGAAGUUCUUCAACCAGAACAUCAUGUCUUACAUCACCGCCAAGAACAGCAUUUCUGUGCUUGACUUCCCGUACUGUGUGGUGCAUGAGCUCCCUGAACUAACUGCAGAGAGUUUGGAAGCGGGAGACAACAACCAGUUUUGCUGGAGGAAUCUGUUUUCCUGUAUUAACUUGCUGAGGAUCCUCAACAAGCUGACCAAGUGGAAGCACUCCAGAACAAUGAUGUUGGUGGUGUUUAAGUCGGCUCCUAUCCUGAAGAGGGCGCUGAAAGUCAAGCAGGCCAUGAUGCAGCUGUACGUCCUCAAGCUGCUCAAAGUGCAGACAAAAUACCUUGGACGUCAGUGGAGGAAGAGCAAUAUGAAGACCAUGUCUGCCAUUUACCAGAAGGUCCGACAUCGCCUAAACGAUGACUGGGCCUAUGGAAAUGAUCUGGACGCUCGUCCCUGGGACUUCCAGGCUGAGGAGUGUGCGCUGAGGGCCAACAUCGAGCGCUUUAACAGCCGCCGCUACGACAAAAGUCACAGUAACCCGGAAUUCCUGCCUGUGGACAACUGUCUGCAAAGCGUUCUGGGCCAGCGGGUUGAUCUGCCCGAGGACUUCCAAAUGAACUACGACCUUUGGCUGGAGCGGGAGGUCUUCGCCAAACCUAUUUCCUGGGAGGAACUGCUACAGUAAAAAUCAGCGUCUUUGGGUUUUUCACUUUGAAACAAAACUCUCAUCAGGAUCAAAAUAAAACACCAACAGUGCUCGCAUCGAACUUUGAUGACAGCACUACUGUAUAUUACACGUUGUGCAGAGACUGAAGAUGCCGGAGGCAUUUCACCCUAAAGACUCACCCAGGUGUAAAACCUUUAGUCAUUGAGGGUCAAACCUAAUGCUUUAUCUGAUGGACCUUUGCCUUUAUGACCUUUAGCAUAAUUGUAAUUUUUUUUUAAAUGAAAAACUACAGAUAAAAUUUCUCAUAAUUAUCAUUUCUGUGCAGAUCAUUUACACCUGCUACAGGAGGUUUCGGAGCUUUGGACCAGAAGCACUACAUUACAGUAUGUUCAUGUCUUGAUAUCAAAAAAUAGUUUAGUACAAGACCGGUUACACACCAGUAAGACAACAUUUCCUGAGUUCAUGUCCUGCUUUUGUGGGCAAAUGAAAUGAAUGCAAUGGCAUUAUCUGACUCUCACUCCUCUUUGCAUAUGAUUCAAAUGUAAAUUGUUGACGUCCGUGCGGCCUACACACCUAUACUCUGGGAACAAUCAGACAGGAACAGACAGACUUGAAUUUUUACAUAACGUAUCCUGAUUUACCUGUGUGAAAAUGAGUUGUACGUGUUCACAUCACUAAGACGUUAGAAAGGAAAACUGGAGGAGUGAUGGGAGUCUGAGGUGAGGGGCGCUGAUCACGUCCAAGUGGAAAAAUUGCCAGUUACAGCGGUUUUCUUUUAACUUUUUCUACUUUUUGAUUUAGGUUGUUUUUGUCUCAUAAAGGUUAAGAAAAUAAGAAUACAUGUACAUUGUGAAACUUAUUUAUCAUGGAUUUGUCUUUGUUUUACCUCCACAUAAAUACUGUAAUAAAAUGACACUGUCAUUGCGA